AUGAAGAUUACCUUCCUGCUGAUAUUUAAGGCGAGAUUCAGGUGCAUCGUCAGGCUUCUACUGCUGCUAUUACACUGUGUGGGAUACUCUCAUGGGAUGCCACACGUCCUGAGAUUUGGGGGGAUAUUUGAGUCCAUUGAAAGCGGCCCAUCUGGUGCUGAGGAACUUGCCUUUAAAUUUGCUUUGAACACAAUCAACAGGAACAGAACCCUACUGCCAAACACCACGCUGACCUACGACAUCCAAAGGAUAAACAUCUAUGACAGCUUUGAAGCCUCCAGGAAAGCUUGUGACCAGCUUUCUCUUGGGGUGGCAGCUAUAUUCGGUCCCUCACACAGUUCCUCAGCCAAUGCAGUCCAGUCCAUUUGCAAUGCCUUGGGGGUCCCGCACAUCCAGACCAAGUGGAAGCACCAGGUAUCUGACAACAGAGAUGUCUUCUACGUAAGCCUCUAUCCAGACUUCUCCUCCCUGAGCCGGGCUAUCCUGGACCUGGUCCACUUCUUCAAGUGGAAGACGGUCACUGUGGUUUAUGAUGACAGCACUGGUCUGAUUCGAUUGCAAGAACUUAUAAAGGCACCAUCCCGGUACAACAUCCGUUUAAAGAUCCGGCAGCUGCCUGCAGAAACCAAGGAUGCCAAGCCCCUGUUAAAGGAGAUGAAAAGAGGGAAGGAGUUUCACAUCAUCUUUGAUUGCGGCCACGAAAUGGCUGCUGGGAUCCUGAAGCAGGCUCUCGCCAUGGGGAUGAUGACAGAGUAUUAUCACUAUAUCUUCACCACACUGGACCUGUUUGCACUGGAUGUGGAGCCUUACCGAUACAGUGGUGUGAACAUGACAGGCUUCAGGAUUCUCAACACCGAGAACAGCCAAGUGGCCUCCAUCAUUGAAAAAUGGUCCAUGGAACGACUGCAGGCUCCACCAAAACCUGACUCUGGUCUACUGGACGGCUUCAUGACCACGGACGCUGCACUGAUGUAUGAUGCCGUGCACGUGGUGGCCGUGGCUGUGCAGCAGUCUCAGCAGAUCACUGUCAGCUCAUUACAGUGCAACCGACACAAACCCUGGCGCUUCGGGAAUCGCUUCAUGGCCCUCAUCAAAGAGGCUCACUGGGAUGGCCUCACUGGGAGAAUCACUUUCAACCGGACCAAUGGCCUGAGAACAGACUUUGACCUUGAUGUCAUCAGUCUUAAAGAAGAGGGCCUUGAGAAGAUUGGUACCUGGGACCCUCCAAGUGGCCUGAACAUGACAGACAACCAGAAGGGGAAGACAACUAAUGUCUCUGAUUCCUUGUCCAAUCGAUCCUUGGUCGUCUCCACCAUACUGGAAGAGCCAUAUGUGAUGUUCAAGAAGUCUGACAAGCCGCUGUAUGGGAACGACCGCUUUGAGGGCUAUUGCAUAGAUCUGCUGAGAGAGCUGGCCAACAUCCUGGGAUUCACUUAUGAAGUUCGCCUGGUAGAAGAUGGAAAAUUUGGUGCCCAGGAUGAGAACACAGGCCAGUGGAAUGGCAUGGUCAAGGAGCUAAUGGACCACAGAGCUGAUCUGGCAGUGGCUCCCCUCGCCAUCACAUAUGUCCGCGAGAAGGUUAUCGACUUUUCCAAGCCAUUCAUGACGCUGGGUAUAAGUAUACUGUACCGCAAGCCCAACGGGACCAACCCUGGGGUCUUCUCCUUCCUCAACCCCCUGUCGCCUGAUAUCUGGAUGUAUAUUCUGCUGGCUUACUUGGGUGUCAGUUGUGUGCUGUUUGUCAUAGCCAGGUUUAGUCCCUACGAGUGGUAUAACCCCCACCCUUGCAACCCUGACUCGGAUGUAGUGGAAAACAAUUUCACCCUGCUAAAUAGUUUCUGGUUCGGAGUUGGAGCUCUCAUGCAGCAAGGAUCUGAGCUCAUGCCGAAAGCCCUCUCCACCAGAAUUGUAGGAGGAAUCUGGUGGUUUUUCACGCUCAUCAUCAUCUCCUCCUACACUGCAAACCUGGCGGCCUUCCUCACUGUCGAGAGGAUGGAGUCGCCCAUCGACUCUGCAGAUGACCUGGCCAAGCAGACAAAGAUAGAAUAUGGAGUGGUUGAGGAUGGGUCCACCAUGACCUUCUUUAAGAAAUCACUUGUCAGUGCCUUCCAAAAGUUAU